CUUCCAUGACUCCCAUGCUGUGCUGCUAUGUCCAGAACAAUGGGGAGACGGCGUAGAUCCAACGCCGUGUCGCUCUCUCGCAUACAAGCGACACAAUGGACGGGAGGGGAUAAUAGUAACAUGGAAGAGAUACAUGUCUCUCUCCUUCCUCGCUGAUGGCCAUCCUUUUUCUCCUCUUCUUCCAUAUCCUACAAAUCUCAUACCGCUCACUACUUGUCAACUCCCUAAACACAUCGUCAAACAAGUUAUCAAACUUCUAUCGUUGACCUGCCUCCAACACACUGCCAACAAACACGCAACCACACUCCUCAUGUCCAUCAAGUCAUACACAACAAUGGACCCAGCAAUCCACUCCAAGCCAUCAGCACAUCUCCGCUACGGCCCCGAUGUCUCCGUCGCAUCCGCCCUGAUACAACUCAUGCUGAACGACUUCACCAACAUCUUCACACCUACCAGACCUAACAUGCUCAACAAUCCAUUCUCAAUCCUGAACAUCUCUUCUCGGAAACUCCAGCAUCCAUUCAAGGCCCCAUCAUCGCCAUCGCCAACAUCGAUCUCCACACCGCCCAUCCAGCCAGUCCAACCCUCUCGAUACACCACCAAGCGAAGCACAAUCGAGCAAACAGCCAACCAUCGACGUGGUGAUAGGGACGUACACGGCAACGAUCCAGAUCACCUGUCCUUCAGCUCCUCAGGACCCAUCGGUGGCGUCCAGUGUGCUGUCAUGUGAGUGGCUUCUUGGAGUCAGGGCUGUCACUUCAAUGAGAGAUUGCCUCAAACUCAUUUAGUUGGAUCGAUAGAGGAUCUGAGUCUUUUCCCUCCUCCGUCUCAUACAGUCAGUAAGGUCUUAUGGACUCGCUUUGCACAGGCUUUCUACAGGCUUUAUCGAACGGCGGGAAUGUACACACGCAUGAUGUACAUACUUAUCCUCUUAGUCGAUUUCGGAUGAUUUCAGUAUAUUUAG